GCGUUCGAAAAGUCAUCAAGUUUAGUUCAGCGCGCUAUAUAAUUCCAAUUUAAUUUCAGUUUUAUCAUUCUAUGUUGGUUUUUACACCAGGAAAACAUAACAUUAAUUAGAUAAAAAAUAUGGCUUGUAUAAGCGCAAUGUUACAAGCCGGUCGGUCAUUUAAACGUGAAAAUUAAUCCGUUUUACAGUUCACAUUAUUAUUUUACGAUGUACGAUUUCCGAAUUGUACUUUUUCAAUGAUUUUUUUUAAUUUGUUUUGUUUGAUAUUUUAUUGUUGAUCGAUUUCAAUUAAAUGUACUUGGGUUAGAAGAUAUGUAUUGACUUAGUCUGAGUCCAAAUUAAACAUAAUCCGUGCACAAAUAAGGAAGCUAUAUGGAUUUGACUACGUGUUGCCUUAGACAAGUCUCCAAGCGUACCACAGUAACUGUAAAUGGUCACCGGCCAUGCCCGUAAAAAAUACGUGUAAUUCAUAUUUUGAUGUUGGUUUCUGUUAGGUUUGGUUGAUGAUAAAGAAAUGCGUUGGUCAUUAGUAUUGAUACUGUGUAGUGUUAUGAUAGUGUUGGCAGAAAUAAAUAGUAUUACGUUAUACUAGACAGAAGUAAAAAGUAUUUAAAUAAUUUCUUAAACUAAGCGUUUAAUAGUAUAGAAUGACAAACCUUGCCAAAAUAGGUCAGAGAUGUUAAUUUGUGUUGCAUUUCAACUAAAGAAUUCAUUUAGUAAAUACAUUAUACAGAUAAAUACACGUUGAUAGCUAAAGUAGUACUGAUUUUAAACAUGGACACUACUGAGCCAUUAUAAAACUUUAUUUAGUUGAUUAAAACUAUGUCUAGCAUCGACCGCUAGUAAACUAAAUUGCAAAACAAUCAUUUCACUAUAAGAAGCGCGAACAAAUAAUCGGAUUUCAAGUGACCGAUCAAUUUUGGGCAACAUCAUUUUUCAUUUCGAACACAUUCAAUAUCGCAGAAUUACAUGGUAUAAUGUUUAAUUGCUAAAAUGUAUGAAUAUAAAAUAGGAAACUUCUAAAUAUUAAUCAAUUAGAUAAUAUUUUGCAUUUUAUACAACCCGUAUAUAAUAUGUAUUUACAUCAGCACAUUUCCUUUAUAAUACCGCCGUGAAGGUAUGCUAUGAUUUGAGCAGUUUGCACGAUUACAACAUGCAAACGUAAAGCGAAAUAACAACAAACUUAGCCUGUAACCAAACAAUCCACGUCCGAAUAGGGGUCCGGAGAGGGUUAAACUCAGAAUGGAUUAUCUAUUACACGUAUUUUGCGUACAUAUCUAGGUAUCUAUUAUUUUUAAACUGUAACAUUUUGUUUUAAAACAAAAUAUUGCUUUGUACCCCCAUUUCAUCCUAAUUCCUAGGUACGUGAAACUCUUAAUUAAAAGUAUGAACCUUUUUUCAGAAAAUAAUAUUAUUGAUGUUAGAAAGUUGCAAAUGAUGAAAGAAGGACAGGAUGCGAUAAAAACGACUGAUGGAAUACCACUGGUUAUACAGUCCGUGCAUCGGGAGCCAGGGACGAGGAACACAGUUCGUGUUUCAUAUUCGAAGACCAAUAAUGUCACGAGAGCUGGCACUAGCGUGGAUCCUCCGAACAAUGGACAUGGUCAACACCAUACUACAAACAUGGAGAUUCCCGAGCACUUAGCAGACAUGUCAAUCCGGUUGUCAGGUGCACUUGAUGAAAUUGGAGCUGAUAAAAACACUGUUCUGAAGAGAAGAGGAAUUUUUAUGUGGAGAGAGCGCAUGGAGACGAUAACUGGGCAUCUUAUGGGAGAGGAUAUGAAAUGUUUUCAUUUCGGGAGCCAGUCGGAGGGAACAACCACGCCUGGUCUACAGUCCGAUAUUGAUCUACUUAAAAGUUUCAACGAUAUCAAUAUAAUGAGAUAUGUGGCAGACUGGGAAGAAGGGAUGCAUAACUUGCUUAUGCUUCACGACAACAUCACUCCUCCUCAACAAUACUUGUUGCAACUUUUUAGAAAUGACAGACCGGAACCGGUGAAUGGUGUGUACCAAUACGAGUUCGUACGAAAAGAAUCUGGACAGAUACUACUCAGCUCUGAACGAUACAAACAUUCAUUUGAACUAUGGCAUCAAGAACAAGGAGUGGCAACCCUCAGUGGCCCAUCUGUGAGUUUUAUUCGCAACUGGGAUAUUGUACAUGGUUUUCACGUUUGUAAACCUCUUCCUGAAAUACAACACUGGAUAGACAGGUGUAGAGGUAGAUACUGGCCCUCUACCCAGCUACUGGACGCUGCAAGUGCAGCUCCGUGUUUCAUGGUGCCUGCAGGGCAUCCAGACAGUGAUUAUAGGCGCGAAGAAUGGCGACUGUCCCCAAAUCUUAUCGAAAGAAUGCUGAUGUUUAGCUUUAACAUAAUACAAAUAAAAUGCUAUAUUGUUUUAAAAUUAAUAAAAAAAUAUGUAUUCUCUAAAAUUGUGGAUGAUUCUUUCACAAGUUUUCACUGUAAAACUAUCAUGUUUUACACCAUAGAAAGAAUUAACCAAUCCUUCUGGAUGGAACAUAAUCUUGUAUUUCUAAUUCUACAAUGUUUGGAAACAUUGAAAAAGUUUCUGCGUUUGGGUAUAAUGCCGCAUUAUAUUUUACACGGAGUUAAUUUGUUCGACGGAAAGCUCUCAAGAAAAAGUCAAAGACACUUAUUAGAGAAUACGGACUCGUUGAUAAGGACCAAUUUACAAGAGCUAUUUCAUAUUGAUGCAGACAAUUUGAGAUGUCGGUUGCUAUCAUGUAGAAUAUGUAAAAUGGGUCAAUUAGGGAGAAUUGAACGUGUGUGCUUAAGUAAUAGCAUCAGUUUACUGCUGAAGUUCGAGUGUUUGGCGUGGUUUAUUCAGCAGAUUCGGAUCCCAAAAUCAAAGCGGACUAUUGUUUAUCGACUUCUUACUGUUGCUACCUUCUGCAAGAAUGUCAGAUUCAAAUCCGUGGCUAUAGAAAUUGCAACACACCUUUUUGCAUUACAAAAUUCCGUGUCAGCAUCAAAUUGUUUGUCGUCAGGGAACGUUGGGAUCAGCGACAUUAUAGCACGUUUCCGACAUUCGUUUAACACAGAUGUAGCCUCUUCUCGCCUCAAACUAGCUUCUGUGCUAUAUUGUGGUGGACAUCUUCAUUCGGCAGUAAGAGUGUUAGAAGACGUAGAGAGGAGAUAUCACAGCGAGGUCAAGGCAGUGUGCGGACACAGGGUGCGUAUAGGGGACCGUGAUCUUAAGGUGUUUGCCAACAAGAGUUCAUGUUACACUGAUGUUGGUUUUAGUGACCCACCAUUUGCAUACUGUGUAAAGUUUGGUAGAUAUGAAAUAAACUGUGCCCCAUUCAUACUAUGGUUUGAAAUGAAUCGUGGCACGACUGAAGAUGAACUAGCUAAUAGAUCUGUAAAUCAGAAAGAAUGGAUGUUUAGCGCCGAAGUUGAUGCCCGUCCGUUCAUUUACUAUCUACAGUAUCUCACAUAUGGAGGACUCGGUGAACCUGAAAAACAAGAACAUGCAAUGGUAAAUCUCCAUGCGUAUGUGUGUGGACAAAGAAACUUGAUCAACCUGUAUCACUCAGAGACUGAUGCUAACAUGCUUGGCCACUGCUAUGAAAUGGAAGGAGAAUACGAGAUGGCGUUAGAAUGCUAUAGUCAAUCGUUGAGACAAAUCGAGACAAAUAAUGCUGCUAAGUAUCACGUCGAUCGUAUUCAAAGAUUAUUAAUUGUUAAUGUUGAUGAAAUAGCUUCAUAGCAAAUUGUACAAUGUUUUAUUGAAGAUCAAAUAUACAUGUAGCUAACAUAGUGAUGAACUAUAUACGACCAAUGAUAUUGGUCUAUAUCAUUGCAUAGUUAGCACAUAUGAAUGGAAUAUGUAUUUACACGUUUGCAAUUUAUUAAAACUAAAAAAUGCAAUAUAUUCCUAACGAAAUGAUCAAAUCGAUUAGGAUACAUUUAUUGAUACAUGCUUGGUUGAGAUAAUCUAAGCAUGAAUUUUACAAUUAUGUUAUUGUAUUCAAUGUAUAUGUUCCGUAUUCGUGAUAGGUGUCAUAUUAAUCAGCAGAAUAUAAUUUUUUACCAGAUUGCAUAUUAUAUAUGAUAUAUAAAUAUAUAAAAUAAAAAGACAUAAAAGUUUCAAUUUCUUGAGACUGGUAGCUUUUGACAUUAUCUCUGUAUCAUGGAUUUUAACAUGAUAUUGAUCUUAGAGUGUAAUUAAGAACUAGUGACUAUUCCUCAAAGUUCUUCGUUUCUGCUGCUUUCCUUUCGCAUUACCUAAACAACUCGACUAAUGACAAAAUGUAUCGGGAAUUCAAUGCAAUUAAAAAUGACUCGCAAGCGUUCAUUCUUUUUACAAAAGCAAAUCGAGUGUAGCAAUUUAUUUUCAAAUUGUAAGUCACACAUAGUUGAAAAUGUCUGGUCCAGUUCUGAGAAGAGUUCUAUAAGUUAUGCCAUCAACAACUCUUCAAUGGGCGAUACUUAGGGUGAGCGACAUUACAUUUCUCAAAGUGACGCGAGGUUUUUGACCUUGAUUACGUGCAAUGUGGCGAGCGUGGGACUCAUGUACGGGGUACCAUCCAAAUGUUGCUGAUGUUUCGGAAGAGCCACCGAUUGUUUAACAUUCGUUUCGAAAAUUGUUUAGACGGGCAUUCACCUGAUUCGAUGUGUUGCUGUAAAAUAUCAUACAGCUGGUAUUUGUAACAUAUAAAUAAACGAUGAAAAGAAA